GCCCGAGCCGCUCGCAGCCCCGGCUCCCCCCUCGGCUCCCGCACCCCGGCACAUUUCGCAUUUUUUAUCUGCCUUAAUUAUCACCGCAAUCUCCCCCGCUAUUUUUAAUAAAUUUUUUUUUCUAAUUUUAAUUUUUUUUUUCUAAUUUUUAAAAAAAUAUUUUUGAAUCCAUCCCCCCCACCUCCCACCCCGAGUUUCCCCCGCUGCUUUUGGGGUCUCGGAAGGGCGGAGGGGAUUCUGCGGCACCGCGGGCGCUUCGUUCCGCUCCUUUUUCCGCACAAAAAUGCGAGCGGCCCCGAGGAGCCCGAGGGACGACGGACGGCGCUCAGGUUGGGACGAGGUUUGGCGGCCGCCAGAUAAGCGCGGGCUUAUCUCUGCCCGCCCAAAAUUCCCUCCCGUGCCACACAACAGGACGGCAAAAGCAAAUCUCCGCAGACCGUCUGGCGGCAAAAAUCCCCCGGACUCCUCCAAGAAACCUUCGGGGCCACCAAUGAGAAUUAGAAUUAUUAAUAGUAAUAAUAAUAAUAAUAGAAAUAUUGCCGGUAAUAAAACCCGCGCCCCAGAGGUGAAAGAUUCUCUUUUUUGGGGGGAGAAAAGCCAAAUUUCCUGCGGCCCCCCCUCCCCUGUCGGUUCGGAAGGAGCCACCCCGAGCAUGAGGGCGAUGCAAAAAGGAUUUGGGAGCGCAGCAGCGAAGAAUCCUCCGCACCCCGAGCCGGCUUUUCCUCCUCCUCCUCGGAGCCCCGGAGUCUCGCAGUCCCGCUCCUCUCCCCACGUCGGCCUCGGAUUUGCUGGAGCCGCUCCCGGAGACCCGGGAGGAGGAGGAGGAGGAGGAGAAUAACUCGCAGCGAGGAUCUGCCCUCGGCGCAGACAAUAACGCAUCUCCGAGGAAGAUCCGAUGCGGAUUUGGGAAUGCGGGAAGGAUUUAAUCAGGGUCAGCUCCCACCAGCCAGCUGGAGAGGGGCCGUCACGUGGCCUCGGGGUGCCAAUGUUCUGCCAUAGGGGUGUCAAGACCCUGGUAGCCAAAAAAGAUGCAGAAGGCCUCGUACUACGACAGCUCCACGCUCUUCGGGGGCUACUCCUACGCCAAUGGGUUCGGCUACGAGGGCGCCCAGCCGCCCUUCCAGGCCUCUUCCCACCUGGAGAGCGACUUCCAGAGGUCCUCCUGCUCCCUGCAGUCCCACGGCAAGAGUAAGGAGCUCAACGGGAGUUGCAUGCGGCCCGCGGAGCCGCCGGCAUCGCCCAGCGCCAACAGCGCCAACAGCGCCAACAGCACCAACAAUGCCGGUAAAAACAGCCCCGGGAAAUCCAGCCUGGGCGCCAGCGGCAGCAUCUCCAAGCAGAUCUUCCCCUGGAUGAAGGAGUCGAGGCAGAACUCCAAGCAGAAGAACGGCUCGCCCGGCGCAGAAACCUGCGGCGGCGGCGGAGGCGGCGGCGGCGGCGAGAAAAGCCCCCCGGGCUCCUCGGCCUCCAAGAGGGCGCGCACGGCCUACACCAGCGCCCAGCUGGUGGAGCUGGAGAAGGAAUUCCACUUCAACCGCUACCUGUGCCGGCCGCGGCGCGUGGAGAUGGCCAACCUGCUGAACCUCAGCGAGCGCCAGAUCAAGAUCUGGUUCCAGAACAGGAGGAUGAAGUACAAAAAGGAUCAGAAAUCCAAAGGCAUGGGCGGCUCCUCUUCUGGGGGGCCCUCCCCGGCGGGCAGCCCCCCGCAGCCCAUGCAGGCCUCGGCGGGGUUCCUCAACGCCUUGCACCCCAUGAGCGGCGCCUAUGAGGCGCCAUCGCCGCCGUCCUUCGGCAAACCCCACCAGAACGCCUACGCCGUGCCCAACCCCGGCUACCAGGCGUCCCUGAAGGGUUGCCCAAACCAGCAGAAAUUCGCCGGGGCCGCGGCGGCGGCGGCCGAGUACGAGCCGCACGUGCUGCAGGCCAACGGCGCGGCCUACGGCGCGGGCGCCAUGCAGGGCAGCCCCGCCUACGUCGGAGGGAACUUUGUGGAUUCUCUGCCUGCCUCGGGCCCGGCCCUGUACGGCCUCAACCACCUGGGCCAGCAGCACCAGGCCGGCGCCAUGGACUACGGAGGGGUCCCGCCGGGCCAGCCCCACGGACCGUGCGAGAGCCACGCCGCCUACGCGGAGCUCUCGUCGCACCACGCGACUUCUCAGGGCAGAAUCCAAGAGGCGCCCAAGCUCACCCACCUGUGAGAGGGGAAGCUGGUGUUUUUGGGGGAAAAAAAGGGCGGUUUGGGUUUCAGGGAUGGUUGUGUUGGGUUUCUUUCCAGCCUCACUCGUUUUGGUGGGGUUUUGGGGUUUGUUAUGAGCACAAAGCGGUUUUGGGGUUUGUAAUGACCACCGAGCGGUUUUGGUGGCUUUGGAAGGGAGGAACCUCCUGGGUUAUGACAGAAAACCUUCUGAAAUGGGCUCGGGGUGGUUUGGUAGGAAUCCUGCAGGGUUUGAGUGGGGAAAUCCGUCAUUUCUGAGCCAUGCUUGGAUCGUCACCGAUAAUUCCUGGAUGCCGGGAAGGAGAAGAGUCCUUCAGCCAAGUUUUGGGGUGUCUGCAUCCAAAGAACCUCAAAGCGAUCCACCAGGAAGCUCUCCCCACUUUGAGUCCGUCUCCAGAUCCGCCGGUGCUUUCCUCCCCAGCCCUCAGAGGAAGGGUUGUCCUUUUCCGCUGGAAAACGGAGAAAUCCAAAUUCCCAUUGGAAAAAGGAGAAAUCCAGUUUCCAAGCAGAAAAGGUAAAAGUCCAAUUUCUGACCUGAAAAAGGAAAAAUCCGAUUUCCCGCCGGAAGUGAGAGAAAUCCAAUUUCCCAUCGGAAAAGGGAGAAAUCCCAUUUCUGACUGGAAAAGGGAGAAAUCCAAUUUCUGACCGGAAAAAUCCAAUUUCCCACUGGAAAAAGGACAAAUCCCCUUUCCCACAGGGUAACUUCCCCCCAAAUCCCCCAAACUUGCAAAUCCCCAACCUGCCAAGGCCCCGGAGCCAUGCUCGCCCCUCCAGGCCCUGCUCCCCCUCUCCUUUAAAAAACCUUUUAAAACUCUGGAUAAGAGAGGUCCAACCCCAAAAAGGGUUGAGGAAAUCUUUGGGAACGCCUAAAUCCCCCUUUUUUCCCCCCACCCAAAAUUCCAAAGAGAGGAAGAAAGAGCGGCCAGGGCUGAACAUUUCCCUUCCUUCGCCUCUGCUGAGGCGAAAUCUCAAUUUCUCCUUUUGGGGAGGGUUUGGGGUUUUUUUUCUGGGGGUGUUUUUUUAGGGUUGAUGAGCAGAAAAAAACAGCAAUUGGGGAAAUCCUGAGCUUCUUUCCUCCUCUCCUUCGAGCUGACGUGAAACAGGGUAUUUUUGAGCAGAGGAAUGUCCUCCCACGGAAGCAGAAGCCGAGGGAUCCCUGGGAUCUGCUGACGCUUUCCUGCCGGGACAUCUUUGUUGCACUUAGAGUUUACAUAUAAUGGGUAUUAAAAAAUAAUAAUAAUAAUAAUUAAAAAAAAGCAACUUUGAAGGGCUCUCAGCUCCGUCGAGGCGCCCUUCAGUUAGGUGUGUGUUCUGGUGAACAUUCAUAUAUAUUUAUUGGUUAUAGCAGUUGAAAAUAUUUUCCUUUUUUUUUUCUUUUUUUGUAUUAUUUAUCCCCCCCCCCCCGACCAUGUAUUUAUAUGACGGAAAAGCAAGCAAAAAGAAAUGACAAAAAUAAGAAUCAGGCGGUACUUUUUUAGUAUUUCCUUCCAAGAAAAAGCAGAAAAAAGCAGAAAAAGAGCAAAAAACAACAAAAAAAAUUAAAAAAAAAAAAGGACAUUGUGUUCCCCUUGUCAUUGUACCACGAGCUCCUUUUAGUUAUUGUAAUUUAGGGAGAAGCAGUAGUUUUCUGUUCCCUCGGUACUUAUGAAUAAUGUAAUUAGUUCUUCUGGAGGCAUGAGAGCAGAGCAGACCGGAAUUGUUUCGUCCUGAAUUAGAAGAAUUUCAUCGCGGCUCCCUCCCCUCGGCCCCUCCUCUCGCCGCUCUCCCUUUGUUCUUACAGUAGCUCUUUUCUUUCCUCCUGUCUGCCCAACAAUUCCUCAAUAAACUUUCUGCUCUCCGUUUUA